AUGGAGAACUCGGACACACCGCCGACGUUUCUUGAGUUCCUCUCGGGCUUGAUAGACCCCGCUGUCCUGAUGUGCUGGUCUUUGAAAUCCGACUUCAUUCCUGUCACAUACACACACACACUACUUACAAUCUUCAUCCGUGGCCAGAUCCUCGCUCCCAUUCUCCAGUCUCGCCAGGUUCGAGAUGAAGCCUUUAGCCGCUUCUGGAUCAAUUUCUCCGCUCCACGCGUCACCGUCGACGAACAUGGCGUACCCGACACAAGCAACCUUUCUGGCUCAGGAGCUCUUAUCCCACCUCUUCUCCAGAAAAUUCGAGGAGUUGUACUAGACGUCGGUCCGGGCACAGGCACACAAAUGCCCUAUUUCAUCCAACCAGCGAAAGAGAAUGUCUCAGCCAUCUACGGCGCAGAACCCUGUGUUGGUCUGCAUGCGGAACUGCGUGAGCGAGCGGCCCUUUGCGGCCUUGAAGCAAAAUAUCAUAUCUUAUCUUGCAGCGCUGACAAAAAGGAACUUAUCGAUGCGCUUCGUCGUGACGGUGUGCAAGUAAAUAAUGCUGCCACCAACGCCAACAAAGAAAAGGAAAAAGGUAUCUUUGAUACGAUGAUAUGCAUUCGAGUUCUCUGCUCUGUGCCCAAUCCCGCAGAGACUAUUUCUGACCUAUACUCGCUCCUCCGACCUGGUGGGCAAAUGAUCAUUGUGGAACAUGUGGUUAAUCCGUUCACGUUGUUUGGGAGCAAGAAAGGCGGAAGUCUCAUGGCGAGGUGUCUCCAGACGGUGUAUAGCUUGCUGGGAUGGAGUUUUUUGAUAGGUGACUGUUGCCUGGAUCGUGAUACGGAGACUUAUCUGCGUAAUGCGGCGGAGCGAGAUGGCGGGUGGGAGUCGUUCGACUUGGAGCAUAGGUUUGCUUGGACUACUCUUCCCUAUAUCUCAGGCGUUCUCGUGAAGAGGCAGUAG